CAGCAACAAGUAUAGAUGUUGAUGGAUCCGAGAUUGCCCCUUCCUUGUAGCCAACAGGCACAAUGUACCACUACCUUGUUGGCUAGCUAGCUAGCAAGCGGAUUGCUGGCAGUAGCGGCAGUCCACCUGCACAGUUGUUGAACUUAGACGCAAAAAUGGAGAAGAUCCCACCACGAUUGACGAGCAAUCCAAUCUUGCCCCAAGAAUCCAGUGAAGCCGGGGUGGUCACCUCGGUGCUCUUCUCGUUUUCGCCCUUGGCCAUCAAGACAAGGCAAGAUAGCAACGCAAGACCGCUCCCUCAAGCGGAUGUUGCGUCAACCUUGGUGGCAGGGGUAGAGCAAAGCAAACGUAUCACAAAACCAAAAUCCAUCUGCACGAUAGCGGUACAACUUACAACAACAACAAAGCAAAACAUGCCAGCCAAUACGAAGAAAGAUGAUCCCAUGCCGUUCGUCUAUGUUCGGUCCAAAGACCAUGCAUGGGUCCCUGCGCGGGUCCUCGAGUCGGAUGGGAAGGUUGCAACGGUGAUUGUUCAGAAAUACAAAAAUGAAGAGGAAAUGCUCCUGAAUGCGGCCAAAACAGCGGGAAUCACGGUGCAACAACAAGUGGUGCAGCUCAAAGAUUAUGACAGUGGAGUCCUUCCCAUGCAAAAUGUCGAUGACAGAGGCAAGCUUGGAGACUUUGAAGAUAUGGUGAAUCUACCCUAUCUCCACGAGGCUGCAAUCCUCUACAACAUCAAGAAUCGACACAUGAAGGGAUUACCCUACACCAGAACGGGAGAUAUGAUUGUAGCGGUCAAUCCCUACAAAUGGUUUGACCACCUCUACACCGAGAAGCAACGAAAGACGUAUGCAAAGAAACUAGUGUGGGACAACUCGGAAAGCGACCCAAGGAACUAUCUGUCGCCGCAUGUCUAUGAAACAUCUGCUCUGGCAUACAAGGGAAUGUCAUUUGACAAGCAGAACCAGUCUAUUCUUGUGUCUGGAGAGUCUGGAGCUGGAAAGACAGAAACAGUCAAGAUUUGCAUGAAUCAUCUUGCCAAUGUCCAGGAAGGCCCGACAACAGGAAGCAGCAGCAGUACGAAAGACUCUUCUUUGAUUGUCCAACGAGUGCUCGACUCGAACCCUCUCCUGGAGGCCUUUGGCAAUGCCCAGACACGCCGAAAUGACAACUCCAGUAGGUUCGGCAAGUACACACAGCUCCAGUUCGACCGACGAGGAGAAGUUGGCAGACCGGUUGCCAAGCUUGCUGGUUCCAUCUGUGAGCCCUACCUUUUGGAGAAGAAUCGCGUCAUCAACCAUGACAGCCAAGAAAGGACUUUCCAUAUCUUUUAUCAGUUGCUUGCUGCUCCAGAGGACGCCAAGGCAUGUGUUUGGAGUGGGCUCAAGGGCAAAAGGAAUGCUGACUUCAAGUAUGUUGGAGCCACACAAACAACCAUGAUUGAAGGCGUCUCGGAUGGUGAUCAAUUCCUACGUACAACGAAAGUACUUAGCCUCAUUGGUCUCGGAGACAAGGUCAUUCGAGAGUUCUUGCGGGCCCUUUGCGUUGUCCUCCAGCUUGGUAAUUUGACCUUCGGUGCUCCUGGUGGUGAUGCAGACAAGUCUGAGUGUAUUUCCUCCAAGGAGUUGGCAGGACUUGCAAAGUUAAUGGACUUGCCCGAGUCUGACCUGUCUGUGGCUUUGACAGAGAGAACCAUGAAGACGAAAGAUGAAAGUUACAAGGUGCCUCUGGAUCCUGCAAUGGCUAGAGACUCUGCCGAUGCCCUUGCGAAAGAGAUUUAUGGAAAGCUCUUCCUUUGGUUGGUCAAUGCCAUCAACAAAGCAACAAGUGCCGAAGCGAACUACAGUGGAGGCAAGAAUAAGAACUUUGGAAUCAUUGGUUUGCUGGAUAUCUUUGGCUUUGAAUCCUUUGAAGUCAACCGAUUUGAGCAGCUCUGUAUCAACUAUGCCAAUGAGAAGCUCCAGCAAAAGUUUACAGAGGAUAUCUUUCGCUCUGUGCAAGCAGAGUACAAGAUGGAAGGUGUCCCAUUGGCAGAAAUCAAGUAUGAUGACAACACUGAUGUGCUGGACUUGAUUGAGGGCCGUACUGGUCUGUGUGCCAUGUUGAAUGAGGAGUGUGUCCGUCCCAAGGGCAGCGGCUUUGGCUUUGUUAACAAGGCCCUUGCAGGAAACAGAAAGAGUCCUUGUCUGGUGCCUGACAUGACUGAUCGAAUGUGCUUUGGUAUCAAGCACUAUGCUGGCAAGGUAUUCUACAAUGCAGAAAACUUUGUGGCAUCCAAUCAAGAUACACUUCCCACUGAUCUGCAAGAUUGUGCCAGCAAAUGCUCCAAUCGCCUGAUCUGUGCUGCCUUUCAGGAGGAGCCCGAUGAAAUGCCACGUCGAGGCAGCAGCAAGGAAACCCCGAAACGUCUUCGAAGCAACAUUAUGGCUCCCACUGUAUGGACCAAGUACAAGGGGCAACUCUCGCAUCUGAUGACAAACCUACGCAGCACAAACUCUCGCUACAUCCGUUGCAUCAAGCCCAACACCCUGAAGAAACCUGGCUUGAUGGAGCAUAACACCACUGUGGAACAGCUGCGCUAUGCUGGUAUUGUGGCUGGAGUGACAAUCUCACGCUCAGCGUUCCCAAAUCGCUUGUCCAACACCGUUGUAUACGCUCGGUACAACGGCAUGUGGGAAAAACGCCAGUAUCCUUCCGUCAAGUCUCGAUCUAUGAGCAUAGCUGAGCAAGUCAAGGCCGAUUGUGAGGCUGUUCUCACCUGUGCGCUCAAAACUAAAGAGAGUUUGGAGAAGGGUGGCCGUACCGUCAAGGCCUUCGUCGUGGGCAAGACUCGCACCUAUUUUCGUGCCGGUGCGUUGGAGUACUUGGAAUCCCAGCGUAUUACUGGUCUUGAUGCACAGGCGACAGCAAUCCAAAAGGCAAUCCGUGGUUGGUUGAUUCGAAAGGAUCAAAUCAAGGCUGCCAAAAAGAAGGUUGAGGAUGCAGCAUUGGCCAUUCAAGCCGAAAAGGAGCGCAAGGAGCGAUUGGCUCGGGAAAAGAAGGAACGCGAGGCAAGGCACCUUCAAGAGAUGAAGGGGUACUAUUUGGAAAUCCAAGCCUUGAAGAAAAGGUUGCAAGAGGCUGACGAAGAUGGAACGCGACGUGUUGAAGCAGCAAAGCGACGCGAAGAGCAAGCAAGGCAACAACGGGACGAACUCCAAAGCAAGGUCCAUGACCAUGACAACAAGACCAAGAGCGAAAUGGAACGUCUGAAGAUAAGAUAUGCGGCCAACCUUAAGCUGAUACAGCAGUUGAAGAAGGAGAACAAGAAGGCGCACAAGGCCUUGGGCAAGGAUGAGAGCAUCUGGAAAGAUGCAGACAAGAGGUACAAGAGAUUGAGCCACAUCAAUCACGAAUCUGCCACUACCUUUGACGGCCUCGAAGGCGACGCCAGCUCAGUGGCAGCUUCCAACCAACGCCUGUUGGACAAGAGAGAAGAGGCCCUCGAAGUAAACAUGAACCUAAAGGACAAGGUUCGCAAGCUUCAGAGUCAGUACAUGGAUGUGGCCGAGCAGCGUUUGGAAUUGCAAAAGACCAUGGCCAAGAUUUUGAACACGAUCCAGGACGGGUGCAAGGACAAAACUUUGGUGGAGCACGUCUUUUGUGUUGGCCACGAGUGUGAGACCGAAUCGAAGUGUCUCAUUGCCAAGCUGGAAAUCGAGGAAGCCCCUUACGACCUCGUCAUGUCGGAUACAUCGGAUUCGACGCGCUUGUCCUCGUCAAUGGAUUUGUCUCAAAUUUCUCUCAAGUAUGUUUGAGUAAUUGACGCACCAGCAUACUGAUGAGAACUUCCUACAAAGUAGAAUUACAUGUAUGCAUUUUAUUAGAUUGUUUGCCGCCGACUUACGAUGUUCUUCGUAGAGGCACAUGUAACUACAAUAAGCGUACGGUUACGCGGU